CGUAAGACACACCACGAAGAUGAAGGCCGUCGCUGUAUUCUGUUUCGCCGCCUCACUGGCCGUUGCUGCUGCCCUGCCUCCCCCAGGUGGCGUUGGAGGGUUCAUGCCCCAAGGUGGCUUUGGAGGGUUCAUGCCCCCAGGUGGCUUUGGAGGGUUCAUGCCCCAAGGUGGCUUUGGAGGGUCUAAGCCCCCAGCAGCGGGAGCCUUCGUCCCCUCGCCGGCCAUGAUCCAGGCCUUCGUCCCGACGCCCGAGCAGAUCAACGCCCUCAACGCCCUCCACACCACGCCGCCCCGGGAGCCGCCCCCGCCCCGCUGUCGCCCCUGGAACUCCUGCGGCGCCACCGACCUUGCCUCCCGCCGUCGCCAACCUGCUGAAGAAGUACCAGGCCGCCGCCGCUGCCUUCACCCACGCCCGCCGCUGGGCCAGUGUGAUGCCCUAUUGCUCGGCUCCGAUGACGGGAUAUGGGUCGUGUCAGAGGAUAUUCUAAUCCUUCACUUUUGUAGGUUUAUUAUAUUUCUUAAGAUUAAAAAAAAAACAAAAAAACAACUUCACAAAACUAGUCAUGUGAAUGAAUAAACUCAA